CCUGCACUAUCUCCUCUACGGAGCAGCGUACUACUAGAUCCUCAACCGUACCCAUACGAUAUACUACAUACUUCAUACCCAUACUUCGGUACCUUCUCAGUUCCAGCACAUCUCCUCUACUGAACGUACUAGAUCCUACCCCUACUACAUACUCUCAUCAGAGUUCGGUAAUCUUCAUCAGAUCUGAUCCCCGCGCGCAGCUGCUACGCUCCUAAACGGGUCUUUCGCAAGCCUGCUUCGAAUUCCCGCACGUCAGCUUUACGCUUACUAGCUUCGCGAGCGUCGCUUAGCUUCGCGAGCUUCGUCAGCUGCACCCCCAGGGGUUCUUCGAGUAAGAAACCCGAACUCGGCGCGCAAUCGUCGUGGCUGGAAAGUUUCCGUCCAUGGCGCCGGCUUUCGCGGCGGUGCUGUUCGCCGUGGCCUUCUACGGCGCGCUCUUCGCGUCGGGUGCGGCGGCGCAGAGUAACUGCGUUGUAUCGACUCUCCAUGGAUACGACGUGGAGGUGCAGCUCACUGACAGUCUCUUUCUCCACUGGAAGACGCCCAACUCGACGGAGCUCCACCUCGCCCUCGAGACGUACACCUCCGGCUGGGCGGCAGUGGGGUGGUCGCCGGACGGCAACAUGGCCGGCAGCGACGCGGUGGUUGGCAAUCUCGAGGAACGGGCGGCGGACGGCACAGAGGUCAACGGGUCGGGCCUGCCGGCGGCUUAUAAGCUCGUGUCGACCUCCGCCGGCGGCCAGGAGCGCGUUGGGGAAAUGAGCUCUUUCCUCGGGGGGGCAAAGGGCCGUGCGGUGACAGGCGCCGCGACUAUCCUCGAAUUCACUCGCACGGAGGGAUCUGGAAACGUGCCAGUGAAGCUGGCGGGCCCGUCCAACAUCAUCUUUGCGUACUCCGGGGACAGCUCGAGAACUUUUGGUUAUCACGGCCUAACAAGGGGAUCCACGGUACUUGAUUUCUCCUGCACCGUGGGAGGGGCACCGAUAGAAGCACCCGGGAGCGAGCCAGCACCGAUCGAAGCACCCAGGAGCGAGCCAGCACCGAUCGAAGCACCCGGGAGCGAGCCAGCACCGAUCGAAGCACCCGGGAGCGAGCCAGCACCGAUCGGAGCACCCGGGAGCGAGCCAGCACCCAUCGGAGCACCCGGGAGCGAGCCAGCAUCCGUCGGAGCACCUGGAAGCGAGCCAGCACCCCACCCAUCGGAGCACCCGGGAGCGAGCCAGCACCCAUCGGAGCACCGGGGAGCGAGCCAGCACCCAUCGGAGCACCCGGGAGCGAGCCAGCACCCAUCGGAGCACCCGGGAGCGAGCCAGCACCCAUCGGAGCACCCGGGAGCGAGCCAGCACCCAUCGGAGCACCCGGGAGCGAGCCAGCACCGAUCGGAGCACCCGGGAGCGAGCCAGCACCCAUCGGAGCACCCGGGAGCGAGCCAGCACCCAUCGGAGCACCUGGGAGCGAGCCAGCACCCAUCGGAGCACCCGGGAGCGAGCCAGCACCCAUCGGAGCACCCGGGAGCGAGCCAGCACCCAUCGGAGCAUCCGGGAGCGAGCCAGCACCCAUCGGAGCACCCGGGAGCGAGCCAGCACCCAUCGGAGCACCCGGGAGCGAGCCAGCACCCAUCGGAGCACCCGGGAGCGAGCCAGCACCCAUCGGAGCACCCGGGAGCGAGCCAGCCCCCAUCGGAGCACCCGGGAGCGAGCCAGCACCCAUCGGAGCACCCGGGAGCGAGCCAGCACCCAUCGGAGCACCCGGGAGCGAGCCAUCUUCCAUCGGAGCACCCGGGAGCGAGCCAGCACCCAUCGGAGCACCCGGGAGCGAGCCAGCUUCCAUCGGAGCACCCGGGAGCGAGCCAGCACCCAUCGGAGCACCCGGGAGCGGGCCAGCACCCAUCGGAGCACCCGGGAGCGAGCCAGCACCCAUCGGAGCACCCGGGAGCGAGCCAGCACCCAUCGGAGCACCCGGCAGCAAGGCGGCACCGAUCGGCACAGCUCGUCGUCUUCUUCGUGUGCAUGGGCUCCGCGGUUGCUGAUUUCCCUUGCAAGGCACUACCCAGCCCGUCGCCACGACCCCCCCCAGCUGAUCAACAUGCCUCCUGCCUAAGGCACGAGGAUUGGCUCUCAGCCGUGCAUCUUGGCUGGUGUCCGUGGCAGUGCUUGCUGGCCUGGCUCCUUCUCUUUUGCAAGUAGCCUUGGUGAUGGCGUGCAUGCCUCAUGCGAUCAACCUUGCCAAUAAAAUGCAUGCCCAUGUUUUCUAGUGAUGCCUCAAUAAAAUAUAUUUGUUCCA